AUGCCCUUUGCGUUCUUGCUUUUAGUGAAAAAGGGGGGCGAUAUCAACAAGUCCGACCAAGAGGGAGACACUCCACUGAUCAUAGCAGCUACCGAGGGGCAUGUGGAUAUUGUCCGAUUCUUGCUGGAAAGUGGGGACGACGUCGAUAAAACGAGCAAAGAUACGAACACUCCGUUGAUCUGUGCGGCCACAAAUGGCCAACUGGGAGUCGUGCAGCAGUUACUGGAACACGGGGCAGACAUUAACCAGACCAACCAAUUUGGCUCUACUGCUCUUUUAAGGGCUGCAGACUGUGGCCACACUAGCGUAGUCAAGUUCCUGCUGGAACGCGGAGCUGCUAUUGACUUGUCCACCAAUGACGGAUACACGCCGCUUCUCUAUGCUGCUUUAGGUGGACAUGUGGAUGUGGUGGAGUUCUUACUGGACAAAGGCGCCGAUAUCCAUGUCACUAAUGACACUGGUGGUACUGCGCUUACUUGGGCUGCUUCAAAUGGACACUUGGGUGUGGUUAAGCUUCUAUUGGAGAAAGGGGCUAGCAUUGAUGUAGCUAUGGAUGACGGAGUCACGCCUCUCAUGCAAGCCGCUGCAAACGGUCACGAUAAAGUUGUUGAGGUCUUAUUAGAUGCUGGAGUUGACAUCACAAAGACUAGCAGCACCGACUUCACUGCUCUCAUGUACGCGUCUAUCAAAGACAAUCUUGACGUCGUUCGUCUUUUGUUGGAGAGAGGAGCUGAAGUCAAUGAGGCGACACAUCUAAGAUCCAUGCCUUUGAUUUUGGCUGCUGAGAGAGGGUUCACUGAAAUCGUGCGUCUGCUGUUGGAGAAUGAAGCUGAGAUAAAUUACACAAGCAGCAGAGGUGCUACUGCACUGGGUUACGCUGCCGAACGUGGCCAUAUUGAAGUGGUGUGUCUUCUCCUGGAGAGAGGAGCUGGGGUUGAUACAGCAGAUAAUGGAGGAACGACGCCUCUGAUGUCAUCAGUAUCAUCCGGCCACGUUGAGACUGUGCGUCGGCUAUUGGAGAAGGGAGCAAGCAUUGACCAGGCCGAUAACGCUGGGUAUACUGCUCUCAACUACGCUGCACUGAAUGAGCACAUCGAAUGUGUGCGUCUUCUUGUAGAAAAUGGAGCGGACAUGAACCACUUGACCCCUGACGGAAGCAUGCCUCUCGCGGCGAGUUGCUCUCUAGCCAAUGUUGAUAUCGCUCGCCUGUUGAUCGAGAGUGGAGCAGCCGUUGAAGUAUUGGAAGAAACGAGAGUUUCUCCUCUGGUAGCUGCUGCUGGCAACGGUCUUCUUGACCUUGUGCGUCUCCUAUUGGAGAAGGGCGCUGACGUGUCAAGAACGUUUUGUGGCGGAUUGACGGUUCUCAGUGCUGCGGUCCAAGAGGGACACACUGAAAUUGUGGAGCUACUUAUUGAGCAUGGAGCUGCCAUUGACGCCACGUUGGACGAUGGGUCGACUGCAGUCAUGAUGGCAGCGCUCUUUGGCCAACCAGAAGCGAUCCAUAUCCUAUUGAACCACGGUGCUAAUGUGGAUCUGGCUGACGCGUCCGGAAAAACGCCCUUGAUGCUGGCAGUUCAGUGUAGGCAUGUGGAAGUGGUGAAGCUGCUACUAAGCGCUGGUGCAGCUGUAGAUGCCAAGACAUACGAUGGGGAAACUGUGUUGCGCUUGGCCGGAUAUGCAGGGAACGUCGAGUGUGCUCGCUUGCUGUUAGAUAGCGGAGCGGAUGUCAACUUGACUGGGAAAAACAAUUGCUCGGCCUUGCAAAGCGCAAUAUUCAAUGGACAUAUCGAGGUUGCCAGGCUUUUACUAGCUAGUGGUGCGAGGAGCAACUCUGCGGACGGCGACGGAGACUCCGCGCUCCAUGAAGCUGUUCUGCACGGAUAUCUCGAGAUCGCGCGCUUACUGUUAGAAUAUGGAGCUGAUGCGAAUGCAGUGAACUUGCUGGGAUGGACGCCGCUCACUGUAGCUUGUCAGCGUGGAUAUACCGAGAUUGCAACUCUCCUUGUUGAAAAAGGUGCUGCUGUGAAUGUGAGAACGAGUGAGGAGCGGACGGCGUUACUAUUCGCUGCUGAAGAGGGAUUUUUGGAGAUCGUACGUCUGCUUGUGGACCAUGGCGCCAAUAUAAACGUACUAGAUGUGGACAAUCAAACACCGUUGAUGAAAGCUGCGUACAGAGGACACGAGGAAAUCGUUCGUUUGCUUCUGGACAACAACGCAGACGCGGAAAUUGUAAACAGUUCGGGUCAAACUGCAGCGGAAAUUGCUCGUGUUAAUUACAGAACCGAGGUCUCGUGGAUUCUCCAAGAAUGUGCUGCCCAAGACUCAAACAAAGCGAGGAGUAUUAUCACGAGACAAAGCAAACCGGACUGGUUCAUUCCGAGUCGUGAAGUUCGAAAAGAUCUCGAACCUUUUUCUGCGAGUUCGUUCGGGAAAGUCUACCGAGGUUGGUGGUUGAGUACUCGCGUCGUUGUCAAGACGGUCACGGUAGCCACUGAACAGGAGAGUCGCACAUUCCAUCGAGAAGCGCGUAUCUGGCAAAAGGCGAGACACCCGAACAUCGUGCCAUUCUUUGGAGCCUGUGACGAAGGUUCGACGUAUUUUUUCGUGUGUGAGGAGGCCAAGAAUGGCAAAUUACUCGACUAUCUCUACCACGCAAGAGAAGAGGGACGAUCUUUGGUAUGGCGGAAGCUGUUGGACGCUGCUCUCGGUCUGCACUUCUUGCAUGAACGACACAUCGUGCAUACUGAUCUUAAGUGUAACCAGAUCUUGGUAAGUAAGGACGGUGUGGCGAUGCUGACGGAUUUUGGACUGAGCUUCUUGACAACAGAGCAGAGCGAAGACGAGAAAACGGUUGGCGCAAUUCGUUGGAAGGCCCCCGAGGUGAUUCGUAAGGAGAAUCCAGUGGCUCCAAAUGCGCUAUCGGACGUGUAUUCAUUUGGUAUGUGUGUGGUAGAGGCGGUGACUGGAGACGUACCGUGGGGUCAACAUGUUCCAGACCCGGGCGUGAAGUUCCAUGUAACUCGCAAGAAACUUUUUUUGCCUCGUCCAAAAGCUUUUGAGAAUGACGCUGAGUGGGAAUUGGUGGAGAAGAUGUGUGCUUUUGAGCCGUCUGAACGGAUGAAGUUGGUGGACGCGAUUGAGAAUAUUCGUGGGUUUGCAGAGGAGGAACGAUUCCAGGAGAGACUGCGACAGAUUAAAGAGGGACCUGAAGACUUGGACUUCGCUGUGCGAGAGCUUCCAAAGCACUCAAAAAUUUCGACGAUGGGAAGUGUUCGGGCUUUAGCAAAGAUGAAAUCGCUCGGCAGAUCCGUUCGAAUGAAACGGGGAGAGGGAAACCUAAUGACGGCGGCGUGA